CUUUAAGCCAAUUAUUUAUUCGUGCUGUAAAUUGGUGGGACAUUGUUUCAGAAAAUUUUAUCUUUGUUAUCUGGACAUCCUUUUUUACAAGAAAAAUAUUUAUCUUCAAAAUUGAACAAUUGCUAUUGUCAUGCCAGUGUCACCUGCAAGUGUUUUAGAAUGCAUUUCACAUUUAUCCUUCCUUGUGUCCAGUAGAGCCUGGGAUUCUUAAAGAACCAGGAAGCAUUCUCUACUGUCUUUCACAAACUCAUUAAUCUUCUCACAUGGAGCUGGCAUUUCCCACCUUCUCAAUCCUUCUAACCUUUCUUCUCUUUUUCUUCAUGCUGCUGAAAAAGAGGAAGAAAUCUAAAACCGUUGAAAAAACUUUGAAUUUGCUUCCAGGUCCAUUGAAAUUACCCUUCAUAGGAAACUUGCACCAGCUGGGAGGCUCUCUACCCCAUCACAGAUUAAGAGACUUGGCCAGGAAAUAUGGGCCAUUUAUGCACCUACAGCUCGGGGAAGUUUCCACUGUGGUAGUUUCAUCUCCCAGGUAUGCCAGAGAAGUUAUGAAAACCCAUGAUAUAAACUUUGCAUCAAGGCCUCAGAUGGUGGCCACACAUAUCCUGUCUUAUGAUUCUGCUGAUAUAAUCCUUGCACCCUAUGGUGAUUCCUGGAGACAAUUACGAAAAAUCUGCAUGUUGGAGCUUUUUAGCACGAUAAGGGUCAAGUCUUUCCGAUCAAUUAGAGAGGAAGAGGUGUCUGCUCUCAUUCAUUUUCUUGCUUCAAAUACGGGAUCACCAAUCAAUCUUACAGAGAAAAUUUUCACACUGAUUCAUGGAAUCACUUCCAGGGCAGCCUUUGGCGGCAAAUCUAAAGAUCAAGAACUAUUCAUAUCACUUAUGAAAGACAUUGUAGAAGUGACGGCAGGUUUUAAUAUUGCAGAUCUGUUUCCUUCCAUUGGAUUUCUCCAAUGGAUCACUGGAUUCAAGUCCCGUGUAGAGAAGCUGCAUCAAGAAGCUGACAGAAUAGUUGAAAAAAUUAUAAAUGACCACAAGAUGAGGAAUGAAACAUUGAAUGACAAAAGUGGAGAGGCUGAAGAUGAUCUGGUUGACGUUCUUCUGAAAGUUCAACAGCGUGGGGAUCUUGAAUUUCCGUUAACAAUGGACUGCAUAAAAGCGGUGGUCUCGGACAUUUUUGGUGCUGGUGGUGAGACAGCUGCUGCAACUAUAGAUUGGGCAAUGUGUGAGAUGAUGAAAAAUACAAGAGUGCUACAGAAGGCACAAACUGAGGUGAGGGAAGUCUUCAAUAAAAAAGGCAAGAUCAAUGAAACAAGUAUCGAUGAAAUGAAGUUCUUGAAGCUAGUAGUAAAAGAGACUCUGAGACUACAUCCUCCAGCCCCAUUGUUAAUUCCUAGAGAAUGUAGAGAGCAAUGUGUGAUUAAUGGAGUUGACAUACCCAUCAAGACCAGAGUCAUUGUUAACGUAUGGGCGAUCGGAAGAGAUCCAGGAUAUUGGAAUGAACCAGAAAUUUUCAAUCCGGAAAGGUUCCUUAAUCAUUCAAUAGACUACAGGGGGACCAAUUUCGAGUACAUCCCAUUUGGGGCCGGUAGGAGAAAAUGCCCUGGAAUUUCAUUUGGUCUAGCCAAUGUUGAGCUUCCUUUGGCAAUGUUUCUGUACCAUUUUGAUUGGAAACUUCCUAGUGGGAUGAAGAAUGAAGAUUUAGACAUGACAGAGGCCUUUGGUAUAACAGUUGGAAGAAAAGAAAACCUGCACAUUAUUCCCAUUCCUUAUCAUCCUCCAUCUCCUUCUUAAGAUGAAAAGAAAAAAAAACAGAGUGUUAGAAAGAUUGGAUCGAUGAAUCUCAGUUUAAAGUUGGGACCUUGAAUGACAUGAGUAAAACUUACUAUCACAUUCUGCUGAUAUAGCAGAGUACUCAUGUAUUUAUGCAUCCCUCUUGAUUCAAACCUAGGUUUUCAUGUAAUUUAUAGGGCACAAUUUAAAUCCAACUGCUAAAUGCCUAAAAUCCUACGUUUGUGGAAUAAAAGAUAGCUUGUAACUAUAA